AUGAAUUUAACAGAGUUAAUAAUUGAUAAAAGAAUUUUUAAAUUGUUAGAGUGUAAAAAAUGUAAUCAGAGUUUUAUAAGUGGUUUUAAUAAACCUUUGAAAACUUAUCAAUGCUAUAAACCUCAAUUUUAUUGUACAGAUUGUAUAAAAGAAGAAUAUAGUUAUAUUAAUGAGUUUUGUAGUCUAGAGUUAAAUUGCCCAAAUAGAAAUAAAGAGAUUAUUUUAGAUGAGGCAGAUGUAAAUAAUAGUGGAUGCAAUGAAGUGGUUCCAAUAAAACAACUUAGGUCCCAUGUAAAUGCAUGUGGGUUUCAAUUGGUUUCAUGUUUACAUAAAGAGUGCUAUGGUAAUUAUGUCAUGAGGAAGGAUUUAAAGCAACACAAUGAAUCCUAUAACAACAAAAUAAUUCAAUGCUUAUUAUGUUCAGAAGAAAUGAAAAGAAUAGAUUUAGAUAAUCAUAUUUUAGAAAAAUGUUCAGAAAAAAGUUGUAUUUGUUCCUUCUGUUUAAAACCAUAUAUCAAAAAAAAUCAAGAGGCCCAUCUUUCUUUAUGUCAAGAGGUAUCAAUUCAAUGUCAUCUAUGUAAUGAAAAUAUCAAAAGAUGUGAUAUUAAUUCACAUUAUAGCAAUUUUUAUUUACAUUCAAAACAAAUCAUUAAUAAUUUAAUAAUAAAUGAAAAUAAAAAUAAAGAAUUAAAAGAGAAAAAUCAACAACUAGAAAAUAAAAUAAAGUAUUUAGAAAAUGAAAAUGAAGAAAUAAUGAAAAGAUUGGUUAGUAUGGAAAGGUCAUUUCUAAAAUUUAAAGAUUCUUUUAAAAACAUCAAAAAACUAAUUUCAAAAAAAAAAGGUGUAUGGUAUAUCGACAAUAUUGAUAGUCAAUCGAUGAGCUAUGGUCUAGGUAGUUUGGCUUUUAGUUUUAAAUUAUCGUAUUCACCCUAUGGUAGCUAUAUCGUUUCAAUAGAGUUUGAAAAAUAUUUCGAUUCUCCUGUAUUAAUAGACUGUACAUUUAAUGUUAUAAAAAAUAAUUCUUUAAAAGGUAGCUAUAUAAUUUUUAAAUAA